AUGUAUCAGCCAUCACUAUGGCAAAUAUUAUAUAUUUUUAUUAUUUAUCAACUAAAUGUUGGAUAUACUCUUGUAAGUUCUUCUGAUGGAACUAAUUUUACACAAUGGUCAGAAGAUGAUUGGUUUGAAACACGUUUUUUAAUCAAUACAAAAUUUAUGUUUAAUCGACAACGUUAUGAAAAUCUUAUUGUUCGUACUCGAAUGAAUGAAUGGUCUUUAGAAUUAUCAUAUGGAAAUCACAGUUAUUCAAAUAAAUUAUGGACAGAAUUAAAUAUAUUUCUUAAUGAUCGUACUAGUCUAAAUAAUUCUAUAUCAGGUCAUAUUAGAAAUAUAUGUCAUCCACCAGUUAUUUCACCGCUAACAAAUGAUUCAAAUACGUACAUACCUGAAUUAAGUAAUAUGGAUACACGUAUAUCAAAUUAUUUUAUAGAUGAUGGAUUUUUUCGUACAAUUAAUUAUAUACAUUGUCAAAUCGAUGAACGACGUCGUAAUCCAUCAUUACAUACACAAUUUAAUAUAUAUUUAGUAACAAAUCGUGAUUUUCAAAGUUUAAUUUAUUUUGAUAUGUCAAAUGCAACACGACAAUCUUUUAUUGAUCUACAAGCAAGAUUUUAUUUACAUAAUUAUGAAAGAAAUUUCAAAUAUAAUUUUAAUAUAUCAGAUAUAAAUUAUUCAUUAGAUUCUAAUACAUCAUUUACUUAUAUGAUUAAAUUAUACAAACAAAGUAAUCAUAAAACAAAUAAUUCGAUGAUUAUAUCUUCGAAUAUUAUAUGUAUUUGUUUUUUACUUCUUUUACUCAUUUAUAAAAUGAAUAUUGAAUAA